AUGGACCGUGGACCGACAUAUGGCGAUGACUACGCCUGGUCUGCCACUGUCUCGUCCGGAGGUGGAUAUGUUCAGCAGGGCAACAUGCAGGCCGAAAAUAUCAAUAUCAGCUACACAACUCCUGGACUCACUCAAUCAUCACAAUUUCAUGAGAAGUGGGACGAAUGUCAACAGGCACUACUCUUGAGAGAUCCUCUAGAUGACCGAAAUGGAUAUACAACUGAAAAGGGCAUAGAAGUGCCGGACAGCUGUGAUUGGAUUCAAGCCGAACCAUGCUACAGGCAAUGGAAUAAUCCGAAAAACCCGCCACAGCCUUUAUGGCUCUGUGGCCCAGAAGGUUCUGGCAAGACUAUGCUCUCAGUUUAUCUCAGCAAGCAUUUCGAACGUGAAAACCCGAAGGACUGCACUGUACUAUAUUACUUCUGUGACGGGGAUGAUCGUGAGCGAAACAGCGCUGUUGGAAUCUUACGUGGAUUUCUCUAUCAGCUGGUUCGUGAUAAGGGUCCUGAUACCACGGGGCGAGCUCAAAAGGAAGUGGACAGAGAGAGAAAAGAGAUCCAAGGCUUGCGAGAGAUUCUUCUCAAGGCUUACCGCGAAAAGAAGGACAAAAUGUUUGUUCUCGAGACUUUGUGGAGAGUCUUCCAGUUUAUGAUCAGAGUUCUGCCGGUCAGAAGACUGGUUGUUAUAGUUGACGGCACCGAGAAAUGCGACAAAAAGUCAUUGGAAUUAUUGUUGAAGAAAUUCAUAGAUCACUUCAUGCCUAAUAAAGGCCCGCCACCCUCUUGUGGUGCCUCAAUCAUCAACCUUAUGGUCCUUGCCCGAGACACGCCUGAAGAGCUAAAUGACGACCUAAGUGAUAUUCCUUAUCUCCUUCUUACCAAUUCCGAACACUAUCCUAGUGGUCUGCGAGCGUACAUCGAAUAUAAGGUGGCUGAACUAGCCAGGAACCGGGGAUAUGACGAUUUCAUCUGCGACAACAUUAGAAGAGUUCUUACAGAUGGCCCUGCCGAAGGUCCUCGAUCAUUUUUAUGGAUCAAACACAAAACACAGCAAAUAAGGAAAACAGAUCUUAGCACUCUGAGACAACAACUGAAUUGGCGUCCCAAAGGCCUUGGUGAUAUCUAUCUUCAAGCUCUAAACAGCAUCCCCGAUGAUUGGAAGCAGCGUUGCGCCGCAAUCAUGCGCUGGAUUUAUGGUGCACAACGUCCCUUGAAACUCAGUGAGCUAGCUGAAGCUCUCAGUCUCGACGAUUCGUAUUCAUCGAUGGGCCAGGUCAAAGUGGACGCAUUGAGCGAAAUUAUCAAAGAUUGUGAAGAUCUUCUGAAGAUCAACGUCACCGACAACACGGUUUCCUUUGUUCAUGAAUCGAUUCCCGAGCUUCUAAGUCAGAACAAGCAAUGGAGCCUGAAGUACGAAACCCUAUUAAGCAUGUUCUAUAUUGAACACGAAUCUGUACAAUCCAAGAUUUCCAACACUCUAAUGGCGUACCUUUAUGGCGGGUGCUUGGACGAUCAUGCCUUCCACAACCCAGCUUCUGACCCAGACCAAAGUACUGGCGAGGUCCUCAGAGCCUUCUUGAACGCUCGCAUGAAAGCGUACCCGUUUCUCGACUAUUGCAUCAACUUUCUGAUUGACCACUUGCAGACUGUUAUAUCAGAAGAUGAAGUGUUUAGGUGGGACUUUUUCGACUCUCUGUCUUCGUCUCCUCAGAGAGAUGCCUGGUGGGAUGCUUACAGAUCUUUGCAAGUUUCAGAAUAUUACUACCAGCCACCCAAGCCACUGCCUCUUGUGCAUAUUGCCGCAUACACAGGCUCUUUGUCGAUCCUGCAAUAUCUUGAUCACAAGGAUUUGCUUAGCGUAGAUCUUGAAGAAGCGGACGGAAAGAAUACACAACCCUGCACAUACGCCAUCUACAAGGGUCAUGUUGACGUCGUAGAGCUAUUGCUGGACCGAGGAGCUCCUCACACAGAGGCUGGAGUACCGCUCAUUCUACUGGCUGCUCAGCGAGGUGACGUGGAGAUUGUUCGACUUUUCCUGAAUCGAGGGGCCAAUGCAAAUACAACUAUGCCUACAGCGUAUGAAAUUCGAACGAUGUUCCACCAGUUGUCCCCAUUGAUUGUCUAUGCUUUCGAUUUUCCAGAAGAUGGGCAGACACUUGAGGAGCCCAUCGAGGACGGUGAGACACUGCUUCAUAUUGCCGCUACCAGUGGCCAACCAGACCUUGUCAGUCUUCUUCUCGAAAAUAACGCUGAAGUAAAUACUAGGACUACCAGUGGACUGACACCGCUGUACUGCGCAGCUAACACUGGCGAUGAUGAGUCGGUGACUAAUAUGCUUAACUACGGAGCAGAUGUUUCGGGUGUGACAAAUCAAGGAUGGACUGUGCUUCAUGCUGCAGCCGAUGGUGGCCUUGGUCUUUUACUCGUGCAAAGACUCCAUAAGCUGGGGGUCGACAUCACGGCAAGAAAUGUCAAGGGAGAAACAGCUCUUCAUUUCGCUGCAUGCGAUGAUGAUAUAGAAGUAAUCAAGUAUCUACUGGAUCACGGAGUGGGUGCCAACACGAUGGACCGUGAAGGCUGGACGCCUUUACAUAAAGCACUUCAACCUCAUCUUAGUCAUGAACUGGAUGUUAUUCGAGUUCUGCUGGAGAACGGCGCAGAUAGCAACGCCCGAUAUCAUGGAGGCUUGCCACCAUUACAGAUGGCGCUACUUUCAACUUGGGGGUGCGACACUGAGAUCAUCCGUCUCUUACUAGAGUAUAAAGCAGAUAUACACGCUACAAACGACGAAAACAGAACAGCCCUACACGUGGCGAUCGACUACGACUCUAUGUGUGAGGUGGAAGGGCUCCGUCUCCUUAUUGAGAGAGGGGCAGAUCUGUACCGGCCUGAUGCAAAGGGUGUAACGCCUUACGAAAUGCUCAGAGACCACACGAAUCCGGAAUGUGGGGAACUGUUCAAAACGCUUGCUCCUCCACCUGCAUCUCUUGUGGUCCCGACAUCGGGAGCUCACCAAGCGUACGCCAUUCCGGUUCAUCAGCAGGACGCAAACAUUUACCUCCAGCCUCUGGGAUAUCCGUCAGAAGUUGGCUUCUCGACUCAGCAUCCAUGGAACGAACAGCAGCCGCGAGCACAUUCAUCUCAUGACUUUCACCAGGAACCAUAUACAAUGUCUACGCCUGGCCCCCCGCAAAUGGGGGGUCCAUCGCAAAUUCCUAUACCACCAGCUGCAACCCCCCAGAGCGUCUUGACUUCGUUGGAGAACUUGAGCAUAACAUCACCUCCUUCAUUGCCAGGUCCUUAUGCGGUGUAG